CACAUGCGCGGUGUGCGAUCCACGGGAGCGCGAGAGAGGUAGCGAAGGCAGUCCUAAUGGCGGAGAAUGUACGGUCGCCUUUCGACUACCGGGAGCCUCCAACCCUCGACAGCGACGGGGAUGGGAGCAAGCCGCCGCCGCGGAGCCGUGUGUGUGGGAGAAAAAGGAAGGGGACACCUGUGAAGGUGUGCGAUCGAGCGUAUGUAACAGAAGAUGAGGAGGAGGAGAGCAUGUCGGAGCACAGCUACAGCCCUGGGGAUGGCCAGUACCCAGAAGGUGCAGACGACCACCUCCCCCCACCUGGGAGUCCCUACUACCUACCUGAUCCCACACAGCUCUGCGUCCCUGAGUUGGGGGAGGACGGGGCCAGCGGUGUCCGAGGUCCCGUGCUUUUCCAUCCGCCUCCCAACUGCCGCAUUCGAGAAGUCCACUGUGGGACGCAGGUGCGGUUGGUCGUCAUAGCGAUUCGAGACAUCGCAAAAGGAGAGGAGAUCACGGUGGACUACAGCCUGACGGACUGGGGAGAGAACGCGCUGGAGGAAGAGGCCGGCCCUCAUCCGCUGUCCCUCUCCGUCUCCGAUUACCUGACCCCCUCCUGGUCGUUGUCACCCUCAUCCUCCCCCCUCACCCACUCCGAGCCCAGCGACUCGGACCGAGAGGAGGACGAGGAGGAGGAAGAUGACGAUGACGACGAUGAUGACGAAGAGGAGGAAAUCGACGAGAUAAGGGGCCGGAUGCUUCGCCGUCGCAAGAAGCGCAAGCUGCCCGCGGUGGUGAAUUCGAAGAAGAAAAGCGUGCCCGCCUCCCCCAGGGGGCCCGGGCGCCCCUGCUCCUCCUUUUCCCGCUCGGCGCCUGUCGCGCCCCCAGCUCGAUCCCAGCCCCCGGCCAACACCCUGGCUCCUCCCACCACUAACAUCAACAAUAACAUCAACAUAAACAUUGGCGGCUCCAGUGGUGCGGCGGUGAGCCGCCGGCAGCACUGCCCGUACUGCGGACGACACUUUCGCUCUCUGGCACGCCACCUGGAGAAAUACCACGCCAACCAGCCGGAGGUCAGAACGGCCAUGGAGCUGGCACACCUCCACAGCUCCUCAAACGGCAACGCUGCACACCCCUCAUCUUCUUCCACUGCUGCCCCCCACAGCCAUUCCUUUGCCGUCCCUCAGCAGUCUCCCUCCGCCCCGACUCCACCUCCCCUCUUCUCCAGAGAGAGGGAAUCGACUGCGACGCGCUCGAGCACGGGCAGCGUCUCCUUCUCCCUCUCGCUCUCACCGCCUCCUUCAGCGCAGCCUGCAGCCUCCAAGAAGGCGCCGAGCUUACCACAGCCUCCAGCGAAGCUCUCCACACCCCCGAUGAUGUCCCGAGUGAAGAGCCCAUCGCCGCCUCUUUCUCCGCCUACUCCUAAAAGGGGGCGGAGGAUGAAGAAAGAAAAGCCAGAGGAGCAGCCGAAGGUGGAGGUGGAGAGCCCAAGGAAUCAAGACGAGCUGCUGCCGCCUCCUACGCCAGAACCGGACAUCGAUCCAGAAGAAGAUCUGGAGCUGAGUGGGGACGGAGACGACGACGGUCCGGAGAAGAAUGGAGACAUUUUAAGCACACACAGACAGCACAUGUCUCCACUGCUGUCGUCCCUGUCCUGUUUGGUUGUCUACCUCCGUCAGCAGCAGCACUUGUCUUUCCUCUCUUUAACUCGAUCUCCUCACUCCGCCGAGGCCUGGCGGCUGCUCUGCCACUCCAGCCUCUCCCUGCUCAUCCUCUACAAUCGACACCGGGAGUGCGAGGUGGCCAAACUCACCAUCCAGGACUACCGCAGCCGUAUCGCUCCCCAGUCCAGCUCGAGCACCGGUCCCCCUUCUGGAAUGGAAUCCCUCCUGUCUCCUUUUGAACGGCAGGUCCUGUGCCAUCUCCCACGGGCGGGCGUCUUAGGCAAGCGCGGCCGCGUUCAGCCGCUUAUUCUCCCGCCGCAAUGCGAGUCCUGCCUGGACUUACUUCUCCGAACCAGCCCCAACGUCGGUGUGGAUCCCGAGAGCCCCUAUGUCUUUUCCCGGCCCUACCACUCCCCUGCUACACCUCUCCGUGGUACGGACCUGCUGAGGAACUUGGCUCGAACUAGCGGGGCCAAGAACCCCGUCUCUCUGACAGCAACACGGGUGCGACGGCAGGUGGCCAUCCUUACCCAGCUGCUGCUAUUGGACGAGGGCGAAGGUCAGGGCGCAGCCAUCAAACGGCUGGAAGACUUCCUGGAGCGGGAAUACCACGUGACCCAGAACUGCUCCGCUAUCAUACGAGACCCAGCGCUGAUGGGUCGUGUAGGUCGCGUAGUUCUUUAUGGAGAGAGGGAGGGUGUGCUGUUCAGGGGCAUGAGCCUGCAGGACAUUUGCCUCGAGUUAGACGUGAUGUCAGGAAACUCGGCAGAUUCGUUUUCAGAAGAUUCAGAGGCGGAAGAACAGAAGGAAGAGGUUAAGGAGAAGAUCGAGACGAUGUCAAAGAAAAAAGGUCCGGGCCGACCCCCGAGGAAGAAGAAAGCUCCCGCUCCUCCGCCCACAGCCAGCCCACCAGUAGCUAACGACAAGAGGAGAUCUACUCCAGUUAAAUCAGGAAAGCGCGGCGUGCUGAAGCGUCCCUGGUCGGAGGCGGAGCGCGUCGCGGUUGAGACUCACCUGAAGAGGAACCUCUUGGAUCUGCGAGUCCCAGCAAAGGCAGACUGCGAACGCUGCCUGGAACUGUGCCCCCUGCUGGUGAGCAACCAGCGAGACUGGAGAGCCAUCAAGUUCUACGUCCACAACCGCAUCCAGCUGCUGAAGAAGCAGGGGAGGCGGGAAAGCGCCGCCGCUGCUGUCAGCUAG